CUGCAUCACCAUGGCAGUCCCAAUGCAUCAGGGUCAAAUAUGACCAUGUGAGAAGUAAAAGUGAGUGAAAUGCAAUGUCGAUAGUCUUAGGUAGACAUGUCUGUUUGUAGUCGUGAUGCUGUGCAGAUGAUUUCAGCACCAGUGUCGUGGGAACAGCUCCACACUAUGUUGCAUGCUUUUGCUGAAGUGCGUGCAUGUGACCAAUAUAAUGUACGUUGGGGUUCAAGGCGUUUUUUCAGUUUAUUGAUCGCGUAUCUGUAGGUCGUAUAGGCUACGCUUGAUGUUCUACUGUAUACGUUUCCUCUAAGCUUUUCAGAAGGCAGAGGAGCCUGCAAUGUAGACUCAAGUGAUGAAUGUGGAACACAGAUGUGCAUCCACUGUGGGUGUGUGUGGACAGAGUACAGCUUUCGCAUUGUGUGAUACGUCAUUGCGAUCCAUGAUCAUUCUCUCUGCUCCCCAUAUCGCCACUCCGGCCGGUCCUCGACUCUGAAACGGCUUCGACUAGACAGUUUCACCAGGUAAAUCUAAUGGGACAGUCAAGGCCUUUGAUUCCAUUUGCCUCGUCGCGCUGAGGUUGGAGAGGACAUAUUACUACCCCGAAGUGAAAAUCAAAGCCCAACGAAAUGACAAACAAGGAGUCCGAGGAUGUGGGUCUCUCCAUACCACUGUGCAUCUACAACGGAGCUUCCCAAACCAAUGGUACCUGCAUGGACCAAAUUGGCCGCUUCUUCCAACCGUUCUCCUCGACCUUUGCGCUCAUGGUGCUGGUGGCCAUGAUAAUUGGGAUAAUAUUGGUUUCCCUGGCAGCAUUUCACUUUAACAAGAGGAGAAUGAAGAAGAGGAAGAUCCAACGUGCCCAGGAGGAAUACGAGCGUGACAACCUCAGCCCGUCCACCAAGGCGAAGAGAGAGCCUAUGAGACCAUGCAUUAUUGUCCGACCAUCGCCUCGAGAUAGCAAACACCGGCCACACUCCGCUGUCCAAAAUACCAGUUAUCACAUUCAGGAGGACGUCGGUACCUUACCCAUUACAAAUAAUGCGUCAGAAUUGGAUAUGGCACACAUUGAGCAAGGAGACGGACAAGUGCUGGAAACGGUCGUCUUGUCUUGAUAACGCUGCAAUUGAAAGUGUUGGGACUUUGUAAAUAAUCAACAUCCACGUUAUAGUUCAGGUGUAACUGACAAAAAACAUACAUUUGGGAUUAACUGGGAAAGCAAUAUGGCACAAAAACAAACAAUAUGACCUCAAGGAACUAUGUUUGCCAUUUUCAUCACAAAUCACACCGAGUGGAUUGAUAUGUGCCACGUUUGUAAAUCGUGUAUAAAAGUAGAGUCCGUCAGUAUAUUGGAAUACAUUUGUGGAAUAAUUUCAUUUGGUAGAGUAUUGUAAAUUGAAGACGGGCCACAAAGAAAGAGCGCUGUCCGUGGUUAUGAAAUCCCAGGCCCACUCGAAAGAGCGCUGUCCAUGGUGCUGAAAUGUAGAUACGUUCAUGUGCCCCUAGCACAAUUUCGUUGUGUAGAUGUAAAUUGCUAGUUGUCCAAGUAUUCUAAAGUAUUUAUUUCUGCGACUAUUUCUACUACUGGACUUGCAAAUGGUAGAAUUCGAUUUUUAUCUAAAGAAACAUUUCCCCAAAAGUUCAAUCAAACUUCUUAAAACCAGUUCCACAGAACAAGCUUCACUUUAUAAAUCAUUCUUUUAUGUAAUAUGCUCUGGCGACCAUGCAUUCCUCUUAGUCUCAAUCCAUUUGAUUUUAUUUGUACAACGCUUUCAAACGAAGAGCAAGUAAAUGUAGGAAAAUACCUUAUGAGGAACCAGACUCUCUGAUUGGCAUGUGCUUUGGCACCCUUUCACAACGUUUUGAAGGAGCUAUCAAAUAAAGCUUUUAUGUCAUGUUUGACAAGGUCUCACAAACCUACUUCAGGCUUUUUGCUUUGCUAAAAGUGUGGCAAGCGGUUUAAGUUGCCAUUUGUUGCGGUUAGGCAGUGCAGACUGUAUUUAGAAAUGGCCUCAAAUAAUUAUUUUCAAAGAUACAUAGUUUAAUUAAAAUUAUGCAUUUUUAUUGGUUGUUGAUAUAAAGGACAUCGAUCUUUUCUUUAAUGUCUUGAAGAUGACUGUAGGUUCUAGCAUGUGUGACUUCUUGUAGGGCACAAUGCGUUUGGUUUGUAAUAAUGCACUGUUCCAGAUUUAAUUUUUUCAUGUGCCAGAUAGCUGUGAGUCCUAAUAGCCUAUAGCAGUCCAGUAUUUAUAAUGUACCCUCUGAAAUGUAAUAAAUGGGGCAUCAUAAAUAUUUCUUCAUGCUUAUUUUCUUUGUCAUGAAAGUCAUAUUUUGUCUCCUUUUCUACCUUGAGCCACGUUACGUCAAACAGAAUACUGGUGUAACAAAACAUUUCCAGGUGAACAAAAAGGAGAGCAGUCAUUGAUAAUACCAAUCAAAGAUCAAUAGAGUUUAAUACAAUAAUUCAGGUAGACGCCUCCAGAACAGAAGCAUAGAAAAUGUCUAACAGGUCUCUUGGAGACAGGCCAAUUCUAAUCAGACAGUAGGCUACCAAAAGUUAUCUACACAUCAGCGCAAGAUGCUUGUACAAAGUCAGUGAAAACCAAAGACAGUGGCCUUGUCCAAAAUCUGGCUUGCCUAGGCUACUACUUACUGAAUACUAUGUACCAGAGGAGCUAUAGGAGCACGGGCUCAUUGUAUUGGGUGGAAUGGAAUAAAUGGAACUGUAUAAAACACAUGAAAACCACAUUUGACUCAUUUCAUAUUCCAUUCCAGCCAAUACAAUGAGCCCGUGCUCCUAUAGCUCUUCCCACCAGCAGCAGCCUCUGAUGUGUACUAAUCGUACUACAUCAAAUUUAGAACGUACUGAGGGCUCUGCUACUUUGAUGAGCAACCAGAAAUAACUAUUGAUAACGAACUCCUUGAUCCUGCUUUGUAGUAUACCCUUCUGUUAACGAAUGCAUUAAGCAACAAAUAUCAGCAUGCUAGGCUAUAGCCGCAGUAAGAUGUUUGGGCUGCACUCGGCUCAUACUACUGAGAAUGUCAGAUUGGUACAGCACGUCCCCUAAGGUGAUUAUCACCUGUUGUCAGACACUUAAAUCUCGAAAGACGAUAAUCGUCCUCAAUAGUGUGCAGCAAAUUCCAAAACUAGAGGAGAAGCCAAAAUAAGUAUGACAUCCCAGCAUUUAAAGCAUGCUGAAUUUGACAUUUCACAUAGGCUUACUAUACAGCUUUUUGUCACAUAGGUCUAACUAAAAUGCUGACUAUUUAAAACGCAAGUAGGCCUAUGGGUAUUCGGACAUGACCAUUGACUUUGCCAGCUGCAACAGAAUCACACAGUGUUCAUAAUACCGUCAAUACAAUAAUAGUGUCAUCGGUCCUUGUACCUUCAGUAACUCUGGUGUCAAUCACUAUCAAACGAUAUGAGAACAUCCCUUAUCAAGUCUAGUGACCAUCAACCCGGCCUACACAAAUUAGUAACAAAUAGAACAAUGGAAAUCAUGAAUAUUACAGAAACCGAAAACAAAUAUGCUAAGCAUUGUUAAUUACUCUAAACUGAAUAUUAACUUUAUUCAUCUUAAAUAUUACCAUUACAGGUAGCUUGUAAUAUUAAUGGAACAUUGUGAUGUUGGAAAACUCUUGUGCAUUCUGAGCCUCACUUUGAGGGUAGAAAGGAUGAUCCUCUCAAAGAAAGGGGAUGCCUAGUCAGUUGCACAAGUGAACGCAUUCAACCAAAAUGUGUCUUAAAUCGACCUUGGCUCUAUCAGUAACCCAAGGGGUUCCUUGAUCUUAUUGAAUCUAAAGUCACACCUACCUCUCCUGAUUGGAUCAUUGGGUAUUUGAGUGCUUUUACAGGUUCUCUAACAGGAGUCUAUGGCAGUGGAUUUCCAUUGGAUAGUACAGCCAGUCAAAAUUGGCUAUCAUAAAAAUUCCUGAAAACAAAUGUGCUAUUUGGUUUUAAUUUAAGGUUAGGCAUAAGGUUGGCAGUAUGGUUAAUGUUAGGGUUAGAAUAGAAUUUUAAUAAUACAUUGUAGAAAUUGGCAGCUUAAUUACCUUGUGGCUGUGGUAACUAGUGAGGCAAAGGCCCUUUGCCAGGUGCCAGAAGAGCAUGUUCCUAAUUGUUUCCUAAAAAAACAGCCCGGGGCCGUCAUUGUAAAUAAAAAUUUGUUCUUAAUUGACUCGCCUGGAUAAAUAAAGGUUAAAUAAAAGAAAUCCCUGGCUGAAAA